CAGAACCCAUCCGAAUCCUGUACUUGUCAUACAGCAUGAGCCUAGUGGGAAAUUAUCAACAACUCUUUCGCAGCUCAGACACAACGGCCUAUCCUCAGCAUUAUUACGGCAAUCGUUACGACAUUGCAUCGGCAUCUCAACAAUCUCCUUCAGAUUCUUCAUAUUUAGGUUGGUCCUUCAGCAAUUAUAGUCCGGAUACAUCAAUUGAGUUUAUAUCACCCAUUCAAAACAAAGAAUUUUGUGUUGGAAGUGAACUGAGACCCGAAAGGGGAUACAAAAAACGCGUCACGGCGAACAGAAAAGAAAGAAGACGAACUCUUUCGAUCAACAAUGCCUUCGCAGAAUUGCGUGAGUGCAUUCCACACGUACCACAAGACACAAAGCUUAGUAAGAUCAAAAUUUUGAAAUUAGCGACGAGUUAUAUCGCCUAUCUCAUGGAUUUGUUGGCCCAGGAAGACCCACAUUCUGGACCGCAUGGGGGAUUCAAAGCUGAACUUUGUAAGAAAUAUGAGUCUAGAGAAGAAAGAAGAAAGCGAGAAAUAGCUAAUCUUGAACCUGGGCAAAAUAAAGACAGAAAAUCUAAAGGAAGAACAGGAUGGCCACAACAUGUAUGGGCCCUAGAACUCAAGAGUGAUUGAUGGAGGACACGCAAUUUCAUAAACAUGUUUGAAGGUUUGAACUGUGCAACCUUAAAAACUUUACAAAAUAAUAUUGUCGUAAUUAUUGGUAUUACGACAUUGCUAGAAAAAGGAACAGUUGUCUUCGUCAAUUUCUUAAAAAUGAGAAAGAAAUAAAAAGUACAUGGAUAUGUCAUGCAAGGAUGAUAAAAUAAUUUUUAUUUAUUAAUUAAUUAUUUAUUGAAAAGUGUUGCUGAAUGUUUGUUUUGUAGAUCGUUUGCUACCAAUUAUUUACC